CUAGCAGCUGAUUGGCUGGUGGAGUAGUGGGGCAGGGAAAGUUAGCGAGGCCCCGGGAGGUGUCCGCCGCUGCUGUAGGGAGAGGAGUGCGGAGUGAAAGGUGCGGCGGGGGCCCGGGCGAGGUGAUGGCUCCCUGCUGGUGAAGAAGUGGAGGGGAGCCGGGAUGGCGCGGAGCCCCGGAGAGGGCAGCGUGUCUCCCUCUGCUAGUCUACGUGGAACCCGGGAGACCCUCAGUGACCCGGAACUUGAGUCUUUAGGUUCAGACUCUGAAAUCAACGGGUUUACAACGGAGAGGAAAACUGACAAGUACGGCUUCCUGAUCAAGACUGAGGAGAACGGUGGCCGGGAAGAGGAAGUGUCGGUUGAAGUGUUAAGACAGAGGGAAGCGAAAUGGCUGGACAUGCUGUUAAAUUGGGACAAAUGGAUGGCGAAGAGGCACAAGAAGAUAAAGCUGAGAUGUCAGAAGGGAAUCCCACCGUCAUUGCGCGGCCGUGCCUGGCAGUACCUCUCAGGAAGCAGGGUAAAGAUGGACCAGAGCCCCAAUAAAUUUACUGAGCUGGACUCAAUGGCAGGUGACCCUAAAUGGGUGGACAUCAUAGAAAGAGACCUUCACAGGCAGUUUCCUUUCCAUGAAAUGUUUGUUGCUCGAGGGGGUCAUGGUCAACAAGAUCUGUUUAGGGUACUGAAAGCUUACACUCUCUACCGGCCAGAUGAAGGAUACUGUCAGGCUCAGGCACCUAUUGCAGCUGUUCUGCUUAUGCAUAUGCCAGCGGAGCAAGCAUUCUGGUGUUUGGUGCAGAUCUGUGAGAAGUACCUGCCAGGUUAUUACAGUGAGAAGCUGGAAGCGAUCCAGUUAGACGGAAGGAUCCUGUUUUCACUGCUCCGAAAGAUAUCCCCCAUGGCCUACAAGCAUUUAAGCAAGCAGAAGAUCGACCCCAUCUUGUACAUGACCGAGUGGUUUAUGUGUGCAUUCUCGCGGACGCUUCCCUGGAGCUCUGUCUUGCGCGUGUGGGACAUGUUUUUCUGUGAAGGUGUCAAAAUUGUAUUUCGGGUGGCUCUUGUUCUCUUAAAGUAUUCACUUGGUUCUUCUGAAAAGCUCAAGUCCUGUCAGGGCCAAUAUGAAACCAUGGAGAAACUAAGGGCAAUCGAUCCAAAAUACAUGCAAGAAGGUUUCCUUAUCCCAGAGAUUGUGGAGUUGCCAAUUACCGAACGGGACGUUGAACGUGAGCAUUUGAUUCAGCUGAAGAAGUGGAAGGAAGAAUAUGGAGAACUGCAGUGCAAAUCACCCACUCGUUUGCAUGGGGCCAAAGCCAUCAGUGACGCUGACCCCGUGGGUCACAAGCCUCUCGUGCACUCCCCAUCCAUUAUUCUUCCAUCCAGUGUAAGCUCUGGAAAGAAGACAAAGGAGCAGAAACAAGAAGAAAAGGAACAGGAAAAGCAAAGGGCUAAGGAGAUGAGAGAAAGAGAAAAAAUGGAAAAGGAGAAAAAGAAGCUUGAAAAGAAAAAGAGUAAAGGCAAAGGUGACCAAUCCAAUGGGGCUAUGAAAGAGGAGAAUGGUGGGGAGGGGACCAGAGAUCACCGGCAGGAACCGGUACAGCCUUUGUUGGCCAAAGUAACCCAAAAGGACUCUCUUAAUGUGCACAAGUCCAGCGAAAGCUUGUGUUCCAAGGAAAGUGAAGACACCUAUUUAUAGUUGGACAAAUUGGACAAAUGCUCACUCAAAAUUCUACCCUUCAGUGUGCUUCAGGACUUCUCCAGCCCCUGUACUAGAGAUUCCUCACACAUAUAAAACCCUUUCUGUGACAAAAGCAGCAUUAUGUACAUCGGAGACGACAAGGCAGGGGCAAAUACAAAAACCAGCAUUAUUACUUGUAAAAAAUGUGUAUUUGUGGAAUUAGUCUCCAGGUCCUAAACUCUUUGUACUUCCAAAAGUCACCAUUUCUCAGAGAACACAAGACCUCCAUUAUGCAUUGUGUUAGGGUCCUUCAUGCUGGUAACAGACUGGACUACUUAAAAAAAUACCAUCCAGUAUAUACUGUAAGGGGAGCUGUUCUGUAUUUUGACUGAUGGGUGCUGACUCUGUACCCUGCUGUCUGUUCCAUUCCCCAAUGUUUUGCUGCUGAAAGUGGAAUGUCUUCUACUAUGCACAACGAGUUUAUUGUUUCCUACUUAGAUGGGACCAACCAGAGAAAUGAAACAGUUUCCUUUCCUCUAUCCCACAGACUCUCUUUGUACCAAUAAAUGGAUUAAAGGAGAAUGAAUUUUGCUCUAUAUCGCCACACAAUAGAGUGUCUGUCUGUUUAGUUCCUUCACCGGCUUAUUAGAUCUUGUACAACAGGAGGAGAUCUAAGUUUGCUUCUUAGGUCUCUGCAAGAGCUUCUAGGAAUGAACACUAUGCCCUGAAUUAUAUGACCAACCAACACUAUUCCACCCUCCUUAUGCUACAGGAAAGGGUUUGUAUUCCACAGUGUAUUAUAGUUACACUAAACACAGCCAAGCAGGAAUAUUUAUUUAUCUAUGGUAUUAGCUCUUGCAAAAAAAAUUAAUAAAAAUAAUUCAAAAAAAUAAAGACUCUUGCCAAUAUGUAGAUUCCAAAUAAAUUGUGGUGUUCCUUUUUUGCCAUAUUCUUAU